CCAGGUUAGGGAAUUGGGUCGAGUGACAGCAAAAACUUGUCUUUUGCCACUCCAAAUUCCCAUUUUAUCUAUCCAUCCACACAACUCUGAAAACCCCUCUUCUCAUCUUCUCCCCAAAAACCCCUAAAACCCCAGAAAAGCAAUCCACCAUGGGAGAUGGAAAGCAAGAUGUAAUGGCGGUUAAUUCACCAAAGGGUUUAAUUCAACAAAACCCAAUUACCCAAAUUCAAUCUGAAAUCAAAAAAUUGGAAGUUAACGUUAAAUCUUGGCUUUCUAAACAAUCUAUUCCUGUUGAAGCUGCUGUUGUUACUGCUGGUGGGGCCAUUCAAGGUGCCCUUAUUGGUGGUCUUAUGGGUACCUUUACACAGGAUUUAUCCUCCUCCAUGCCUAUGCAACCUCCUCCUGGUAGCCUUGACCCUAAUGCUAUGGCUAGUUUAAAACAAGCCCAGGCUCUCUCUGGGGGUCCAUUGGUUCAAGCUCGCAACUUUGCUGUCAUGACAGGUGUCAAUGUUGGCAUCUCUACUGUUUUGAGGAGAAUCAAAGGGAAGGAGGAUGUAUGGUCCAGCAUGGCAGCAGCAUUUGGUUCUGGGGCCAUGUUUUCUUUGGUUAGUGGUAUGGGUGGGCCAAACCAAGUUUCCAGUGCAGUCUCAUCAGGAGCCUUUUUUGCCCUUGCUCAAGGAGGAAUUUACAAGCUAGGAGAAAAGUUCUCUAAACCAGUGGUGGAAGAUGAUCCGUUCUAUGCUAAAACAAGAAGUUUGUUAUUUAGCCUUGGCCUCCAAAGCUAUGAGAAAAACUUUAAGAAAGGCCUGCUGAAUGAUCGCACAUUGCCAUUGCUCAAUGAUAGUGCUCUUAGAGAUGUAAAGAUUCCUCCUGGCCCAAGGCUUCUCAUUCUUGACCAAAUUGAAAGGGAUCCAGAGCUUAAAGAGAGGCGAAAAAAGUAGAGUGCUUACAUUGUUGUCAGGCAAGCUUACAGGGCAGCAAAAUAUGUUUUAUCGGUAGAGGGGAGUUGAGUCCUGUACUGUAGGUGGAAUUUCAUUUCAAAGGUAGAUUAUUGUUGUUAAAUUUUUAACUACGAUUAUGUUGUAGUUACUUUGAAUUCUUAUUUAUCUAUGUGAACAACUAGGUUUUUGACAGUAUUAUUCCAAUUAAUAACAAUAAGAGGCGAAAAAUUGAGGAUGUAGUAGCUAGGUUUAAAUACUUCUACAUGGCAGUAACAAUCUUGUGCAGCUUCCAAGCUACCAGUAUCAUGCAUUUCAUGCUA